CACUUUGAAACAGCAUGGCGGAUGCGGUGGUGGCGUUGCUCGCUCGCCUCGGAUGCUGCGAUGAUCGAGCCGAGGCCUUGCAGAGCCUCAAGACGGCCGUGUUCGCCUCGCAGCCCUCCACACUCGCCGGCGUCAGCCUGGAGCCGCUCUUCGACAUCCUCGACUGCGGGGAUAGGGAGCACACGGAGCUGUGCUGCGCCGUGCUGGAGCGGGCUCUGCACGGCGAGCAGCCGCAGCGUCUCCUCGCCGCCCAUCGCCACAACCUCACCCGUGGCCUUCUGCACCCGCACGAGCUCGUCCGCCUUCUCUCCCUCACUCUGAUCGAGAGGAUCGUGGGAGACGCGUCGUGCGUCGGCGACAUCGCGAGCCAGCCGGACCUUCUCUCGCACGUCAUCCAGUGCGUCCGGGACGACACCACGUCUGUGGCCACCCAGGCCGUCCGCUGCCUGGCGCGCGUGGCCGCGGCCAGGGAGGGCCUCCAAGCGCUCUUCACCGGCACCCUCCUCGCCAAGCUCAACGGCGUCAUGACGACCAGCGACGUCGUACGCUACCGCGUGUACGAGCUGGUGGUGGAGAUUGCGGGAGCGUCGCCCACGUCGCUGCGCUACUGCGACGAGGCCGGGUUCAUCUCCCGCCUCGUCGCCGAGCUGGUGGGCAACGAUGUGCUCAUCCGCGCGACGAGCGCAGAGACGGUGAGCGGCCUGGUGCGCUCCCCGCACGGCCGUCACCACCUCCUCCACGCCGGCAUCGUGGACCGCAUCGCCGGGCUCCUGCAGGACGCACACAGCGACCCCUUCUGCGACCUCUACCUCCCCGGUCUGGUGAAGUUUUUCGCCCGGCUAGCGGUGCUGGAAGGGCCCGGGGCGCUGUGCGAGCGCUACCCUCCGUUCCUCGCCGCCGUUUCCUCCAUGCUGCUGGGUCCGGAGCCCGGCCUCAACUCCGUGGCUCUCGACACCAUCGGCCUCAUCGCCCGCUCCGCCGAGGGCAAGCGAGUGCUCGGCAAGGAGGGCAUGCAGUUCCCACAGCUGCUCAAGAGGAUGGGGAACCUGAUGCAGAACUCUCCCACUGAGAUGCGGGCGCGAUGCCUGGAUACCAUCGCAGCCGUGCUGUCCGUGCCGGAGGGUGAGGGUGAGGAGGCGGUAGAGGUGAGCGAGCGGUGGUUCUGGGCUCUCGCCCCGCGCCCCUUCGACCUCCUCCGCGGGAUCUGCACGCAGCCCUUCCCCGAGCUCCACUGCAGUGCCCUACACGUCCUCACGGCGAUCGCAGGGCAGCCGUGGGCCCAGCGCCUCAUGUCGGACUCCCCGGGCUUCGUCGAGUUCCUCACGGAUCGCUCGCCGGGACCCGGCAAGGAGGCGCGCGAGGCCCGGCACGCGCUGGUGCGGGCGCUGGCCGAGUCGGCCACAGCCCCGGGAACGCUGGGGGGCCCCGCGGUGCUGAGGCUGCGAGCGCACGCGCGGGAGGGGCCGCACCGCGUACGGGCCGAGGCGCGCAUCGUUGCCAUGGAGGGCGCCGAGUGACAGGGUGGAACUCGCGCGUACGGUGGUGUGUGUGUAGCGGUGGUGUGUGUGGGGAGCGGUGGUGUGAAGGGAGCGGUGGUGUGUAUGUGUGUGUGGGGAGCGGUGGUGUGUGUGUGCGUGUGUGGGGAGCGGUGGUGUGUGUAUGUGUGUGUGGGGAGCGGUGGUGUGUGUGGGGAGCGGUGGUGUGAAGGGAGCGGUGGUGUGUAUGUGUGUGUGGGGAGCGGUGGUGUGUGUAUGUGUGUGUGGGGAGCGGUGGUGUGUGUGGGGAGCGGUGGUGUGUAUGUGUGUGUGUGGGGAGCGGUGGUGUGUAUGUGUGUGUGUGGGGAGCGGUGGUGUGUGUGGGGAGCGGUGGUGUGAAGGGAGCGGUGGUGUGUAUGUGUGUGUGGGGAGCGGUGGUGUGUGUAUGUGUGUGUGGGGAGCGGUGGUGUGUAUGUGUGUGUGUGGGGAGCGGUGGUGUGUAUGUGUGUGUGGGGGGAGCGGUGGUGUGUGUAUGUGUGUGUGGGGAGCGGUGGUGUGUGUGUGCGUGUGUGGGGAGCGGUGGUGUGUGUGGGGGAGCGGUUGUGUGUGUGAGUGUGUGGGGAGCGGUGGUGUGUGUGUGAGUGUGUGGGGAGCGGUGGUGUGAAGGGAGCGGUGGUGUGUAUAUGUGUGUGGGGAGCGGUGGUGUGUGUGUGCGUGUGUGGGGAGCGGUGGUGUGCGUGUGCGUGGGGGAGCGGUUGUGUGUGUGGGGAGCGGUUGUGGGUGUGUGUGUGUGGGGAGCGGUGGUGUGUGUGGGGGAGCGGUUGUGUGUGUGCGUGUGUGGGAGCGGUGGUGUGUGUGGGGAGCGGUGGUGUGUGUGUGUGUGUGGGGGGAGCGGUGGUGUGUGUGUGGGGAGCGGUGGUGGGUGUGUGGCGGUGGUGUGUGUGUGGGGAGCGGUGGUGUGUGUGAGUGUGUGGGGAGCGGUGGUGUGUGUGUGCGUGUGUGGGGAGCGGUGGUGUGUGUGUGCGUGUGUGGGGAGUGGUGGUGUGUGUGUGUGUGUGGGGGGAGCGGUGGUGUAGCGGUUAACGUGCUGCGCUACGAACCCAGCGGACCGAGUUCCAUACCCGCUCACGGCCAACACCAGUGACAAUUAUCUGAAGCGGUCCUUGGCCUUCCCUAGGUCGACUCAGCCUUAAACGAGUACCUAGCGUGGUGUGUAAAUUUUGCCACUCAGGAGACAAAGGCGGCCGGGCGUGGUACUGACCACCCGGCCUUCAUAGGUGCUCGCUCACAGCACUUGCCCCAACAGUCUGUUCAGGCUGUAUGGGGUAGUCUUAGUUUUUUCGUAUCAGCUUCUAUGGAGGAGGAGGCUCGUUAAGGACGCUACUACUGGGCAGUUGGAGGCAGUCGCCCUCCAGCAACAGGAGCGACGCUCACAACAACGAGCGGAGCGCCGGGCGGCUAAAACUCAGCGAGUUGGCACAGUAGGGGGCACAGGUGGUGCAUCGGCCACUCAUCUCAGUCGGUCGACCCGUGGCACCCGAGUCUGUCCCAUGACCUCCUGUCAGCGAGCCUUCGACACUUCACGUGGUCUCAAAGCCCACCGAGCCUGGCACAGGCACCGUGGCGGUUAUUAUUAUUAUUGGUGAGGAUGGUGAUGGGGAUGAUGGAGAUCUCAUCUCGGCGAAAACCGUUGAUGCCCCUGCCCUCCGCAGAGGUCGCAACCGGGUACCCGAUACCCGUACCCUACCCGAUACCCGGCCGGGUACGGGUACCCGUUUGCGACCCUGGUGCGGCCGGGUACGGGUAGACCGUGAGUCACUGGUGAGUCACCGUUUGUCACUCAUUUCCCAACGUCUUGUCUCUUCUCACAAUUCAAGUUCCUAGAAUCAACCCACCCGCGCCUGCAACAUGGCUUCAUCCCAGAGGUCGCAAACAGGUACCCAAUACCCGUACCCUACCCGUACCCGACCGGGUACGGGUAGGGUACGGGUACGGCCGGGUACUGGUACCCAUUUGCGACCCUGGUGCGACCGGGUACGGGUAAGGAAUCAAAACCCGUUUGCGACCUCUGCCCCUCCGUGCCUCCUCGCUUGCCCAACGCGUUCAACCUCCUCCACAUCCCACGGCCGUGCCACAGGCACCUGUUGCAAUGCUGGUCGGAUCAAUGUGUGUACGGGUGGCUCCGUACAGUGGGAAAGGAAGUUCAGCAUACAUACACACAUACUGCCCAUAGACUCAACACUGCCCAUAGACUCAACACUGCCCAUAAACUCAACACUGCCCAUAGACUCAACACUACCCAUAGACUCAACACUACCCAUAGACUCAACACUGCCCAUAGACUCAACACUGCCCAUAGACUCAACACUACCCAUAGACUCAACACUGCCCAUAGACUCAACACUGCCCAUAGACUCAACACUGCCCAUAGACUCAACACUGCCCAUAGACUCAACACUGCCCAUAGACUCAACACUGCCCAUAGACUCAACACUGCCCAUAGACUCAACGCUGCCCAUUCACUCAACGCUGCCCAUUCACUCAUCACCGCCCAUAGACUCAAGACCGCCCAUAGGUUCAACACCACCCAUAGACUCAACACUGCCCAUAGACUCAACACUGCCCAUAGCCUCAACACUGCACCUCCGAUUAGCGCAGUUGGCCACGUGCGGUGUGAAAGAAGCUCAACAUUCCAUACAACAAACGGCGAUAAUGAUUCGCUGGUUAAGAUCGGUUGUUCAGGGUGGCGGGCAGCUUUGAGGUCAGAGUUGCCGAGCCUGUACCACCGAGAGCCUGGGUUCGAGUCCAGGAGCCGGCCGCCUGUUUCUCAACCAGCUUCUGGAGUCGUGGAUCCCGGCCUGCCACCAAUGGCUGUACACAAAAAAAAAC